CCCUGCUAUAAAGAGCUCGGCCUCCCUUCCAUCUUUCUCAGAGAUCCUGUGGAGAAGAAGAUGGCUAUGGCUAAUGAGUGGCUGCUGUGGCUGGCCCUGUCUGCCGUUGGAGCUGCCUGGCUCAGCGAGGCAAAGUCUGCUGUGAACGUGUUCUCCUCCAUAUCCAUUCCUGGAAAAAUUACAGGCGUGAGUCCCAUCCACAACGGCCAGGUUUGCAGUACGUGGGGCAACUUCCACUUCAAGACCUUUGAUGGAGAUGUUUUCCAGUUGCACUCCACUUGCAACUAUGUCCUGGCCUCUUCAUGCCGGAGCAGUUACAAGGACUUCAACAUCCAGAUAAGAAGACAGGAGGCUGGCGCCCAUCACACCAUCAAAAGCAUCAUUAUGAAGCUGGAGGGUUCCGUGGUGGAGCUUUCUGAGGGCUCUGUGAUCGUUGAUGGCAAAUCAGCCAUCCUACCAUUCAGUCAAGGAGGAGUGCUCAUCGAGAAAACUCCCACCUACAUCAAAAUCAAAGCAAAGCUGGGAUUAGUUGCUAUCUGGAAUGAGGACGACUCUUUUCUGGUUGAACUGGACCUGAAGUACAAGAACCAAACAUGUGGUCUUUGUGGAGACUUUAAUGGAGUUCAGCUCUACAAUGAAUUCUACAGCCAUGGUGUGAAAAUAUCCCCAGUGGAUUUUGCUAACUUCUGGAAAAUGGAUGGUCCAACUGAAAUCUGCUCUGACUACACACUGGAAUCAACUCAAAGCUGCAAGGACAUGAAACCUCUGUGUGAGCAGAUCCUCACAGGGCCGGCCUUCAGCAGCUGUCACAGUCUGCUGGACGUUGCCUCCUUCACUUCUGCCUGUGUUGCGGACCUCUGCCACUGCGGCAAUGGCAUAGAUGGACACGCAGACCCCAUCUGCCUGUGCAACACUGUGUCCGAGUUCUCCAGACAGUGUAGCCAUGCUGGUGGAAAACCUCUCAACUGGAGAACCAAGGAGCUCUGCUGGAAGUCAUGUCCCUACAAAAUGGAGUACAAUGAGUGUGGGAGUCCCUGUGCUGAUACCUGCUCCAACCCAGAGGCCAGCCACACCUGUGACAACCACUGUAUCGAUGGAUGCUUCUGCCCCGCAGGCAUGGUUCUGGAUGAUUUAAAUGGAAAGGGUUGUGUCCCAAUGAACGAGUGCUCCUGCAGCUACAACAGCAAGACCUAUGGACCUGGGGAGUCCUACUCCAGUAACUGCAAACAAUGUGUGUGUGAGAGUGGACAGUGGAAGUGUGCGGAGGAAAACUGUCCAGGAAUGUGCUCUGUGGAGGGCGGGGCUCACAUCAACACCUUCGAUGGAAAAGACUACACCUUCCAUGGGGACUGCUCCUACGUCCUGGCUAAGGACUGCAGUGGAAACCAGUUUGUGGUUCAGGGACAACUGGUGCAGUGUGGGCUGACUGAGAGUGAAACCUGCCUGAAGUCUGUUACCUUGGGUCUGUCCGGAGGCGCUCAUGUGAUCACCAUCCAGCCCAAUGGCAAGGUGUUUGUGAAUGGCAUCUACGCUCAGCUACCGUUCUCUGCUGCUGGAAUCUCUGCCUUCAAAGCGUCCUCCUUCUACCUGCUGGUUCAGACGGCUGUUGGAGUUCUGUUGGAGGUGCAGCUCCAGCCAGUCAUGCAGCUCCACGUCUCAGUGACCAGUGACUACCAAGCCAAGACCUGUGGUCUUUGUGGGAACUUCAACAGUAACCAAGCUGAUGACUUCCUCAAGCUCAGUGGAGUUGCAGAUGCCACAGCAACCGGUUUUGUCAACAGCUGGAAGACACAUGCUGGUUGCCCCGAUGUUAAGAGCAACUUUGAGAACCCCUGCAGUCUUAGUCUGGAGAAUGAGAAAUACGCCCAGCACUGGUGCUCCAUGCUGAGUGACCCUGAAGGAGUGUUUGCCUCCUGUCACUCAGAGAUCAUCCCUGACUCGUACAGAGAGAACUGCAUGUAUGACAGCUGUAACUGUGAGAACAGUGAGGACUGCAUGUGUGCUGCGGUCUCCUCCUAUGUCCAUGCCUGUGCAGCAGCAGGAAUCCAGAUGAGCGGCUGGAGGAAGAGCAUCUGUGGGAAAUACGCCAGCUCCUGCCGCAGCAGCACGGUCUACUCCUACAACAUCACGUCCAGCAGCCGCACCUGCCGCUGCAUCAGCAGCACAGACCUCAGCUGUCACUUCUCCUUCCCGCCCAUCGAUGGCUGUGUCUGUGCAGAGGGAACCUUCCUGGAUGACACUGGGAAGUGUGUCCCAUCUCAGGAAUGUCCCUGUUAUGACGAAGGCUCCGUGGUGCCUGCCGGACAGGUCGUCAACAAGGACGGGGUCAUGUGCACCUGUAAGGAGGGCAGACUGGGCUGCAUUGGGGAGUUUUUCAGACAACCAUUGGCCUGUGCUCCUCCCAUGGUGUUCUUCAACUGCUCUGCGAACGGUCCGGCUGCUAAAGGAACGGAGUGUGAGAAGAGCUGCAACACGUUAGACAUGGCCUGUGUGACUACAGCGUGCAUGUCCGGCUGUAUGUGUCCAUCUGGGAUGGUGUCUGAUGAUAAAGGAGGCUGCAUCAAGCCAGAGGCUUGUCCCUGUCUUCACAACGAUGUCUCUUACCAGCCUGGACAAACCACCAAGGUGGACUGCAACACCUGCACUUGUAAAGACAUGAAUUGGCAGUGCACCACCAACCAGUGUGAUGGAACCUGCUCGGUCUAUGGCGCUGGACACUACAUGACUUUUGAUCAGAAGCGCUUCACCUUUGAUGGCAGUUGCGAAUACAUUCUGACUCAGGACUACUGUGGCAGUGCUCAGAGUAAUGGAACCUUCAGAGUGCUCACUGAGAAUGUUCCGUGUGGAACAACAGGAACCACCUGCUCUAAGAACAUCAAGAUCUUCCUUGGGAGUGCAGAACUGAUUCUAGCAGAGGGAAGCUACCAGCUGCUCUCUAGUGGAAAUGAAGAAACAGUUCCAUUCCAAUACAGCACUAUGGGCAUUUACCUGGUGAUUGAAGCCAACAAUGGACUCAUCUUCAUGUGGGACAGGAAAACCACCUUGUUCAUUAAGCUCAGCCCAAAAUAUAAGGGUCGUGUAUGUGGACUGUGUGGCAACAAUGACGGCAAUUCAAAUAAUGACUUCACCACAAGAGGCAAUAAUGUGGUUGUCAGCCCACUGGUGUUCGGAAACAGCUGGAAGGAUUUGCCAAGCUGCCCCGACGCUCCGAGCAUCACCAGCCCCUGUAUAGCCAACCCAUACAGACAGGCCUGGGCCCAGAAACAGUGCAGCAUUAUACAGAGCGACGUCUUCUCUGCCUGCCACUCCACUGUGGAUCCUGCUCCAUUUUUUGAUGCAUGUGUGUUUGACUCAUGUGCCUGUGACACGGGUGGAGACUGCGAGUGUUUGUGCACUGCUGUGGCUGCUUAUGCUGAAUCCUGUAAUCAAGCUGGCAUCUGUAUACCAUGGAGAACCCCAAAGAUCUGUCCUCUUUUCUGUGAUUACUACAAUCCCCCUGGUGAAUGUGAAUGGCACUACAUGCCAUGCGGAUCUCCUUGUAUGAAAACCUGCAGGAACCCCUCAGGCAACUGCUCUACACAGAUUCCUCCACUAGAAGGUUGCUAUCCAACAUGUCCUCCUACACAGCCAUACUUUGAUGAGGAUACAAUGACAUGUGUUUCGAGAGAACAAUGCGGCUGCUACGAUAAAGAGGGGAGACACUAUAAUGAUAAUGACAAAGUGCCAACAACUGAAAACUGUCUUACAUGUACAUGCAGUUCAAUGACCAUCCAAUGCCAUUACGAUGCCCAAGCCUGCACUUGCACAUAUCGUGGAAACAAGUAUCCCCUCGGCGACACCAUCUAUAACACAACAGAUGGACAUGGUAACUGCAUCACAGCAGUGUGUGGGAAGAAUGGUACCAUAGAUAAGAGUUCAUAUCCAUGCCCAGUAACCACACAGACAACACAUAUGCCCACUACUGCAGCCAGUCAGUCUCCAACCACCUUUGUUUUUACAUCAACCUCACCAGAGCUUCCCACGGUUACAGUCCCAUGUAGUCCUUGUGAAUGGUCACCAUGGUAUGAUACUAGCUUCCCUACACUGGGAAUUCCAGGAGGAGACAGUGAAAUUUACGAAGAUAUAAGAGAGGCAGGGCACGAGAUAUGUGCUAAGCCAAGCCAGAUCCAAUGCAGAGCUGAGAAAUUUCCAAAUGUCACCAUUGACAAUUUGGGACAAGUGGUGGAAUGUAAUCUGGCUAACGGGCUGACAUGCAGGAAUGAAGACCAAUCAGGACCACUGGCCUUGUGCUUUAACUACCAAAUCAGAGUUCUGUGUUGUGACUAUAGUGCAUGCCCAACAAUGCCUAUACCUUCUACAACACCUCCAAUCCCAACUACAAAAUCGCCAAUAAUACCUACAACACCUUGUCAGGAAACAUUAUGCACCUGGUCAGAAUGGAUAAGUUCAGACUACCCUGAACAGGGUUUUGGAGGUGGGGACAAUGAAACCAUCAAACACGUCAUCCAGAAAGGAUUUGAAAUCUGUGAGAAUCCAUUGGCAGUGGAAUGCCGAUCGAAACACUAUCCCAACAUUCCAAUAGACCAAUUGCAAAAAAAGGUUACAUGUAAUAACCAAGGACUUCUGUGUAGGAACAUCUUACAGAUGCCUCCAAUAUGUUAUAAUUAUGAAAUUAGGGUAAAGUGUUGCAAGACAAUAAUGUGCAGCACAACACCAAAGCCUAUUACUUCCACAACCAUACCAACUACAACACCUUCAACUACGCCAAUAACCACAACUCCUAUCACAACUACAACACCUUCAACUACGCCAACCACCACAACUGAAACAACUACAACACCUUCAACUACGCCAACCACCACAACUCCUACAACUACAACACCUUCAACUACGCCAACCACCACAACUCCUAUCACAACUCCUACCACAACUGAAACAACUACUACAACUCCAGCAACUUCUACUAUCACCUCACCAGCCACAAAUACGUUACCUGUAGUGACAGAAGAAACCUCCUCGCAUCCACCUACUAAACCACUUUGCUCUUGCCUUCAUAAUGGUACAUCUUUCAACCCUGGCUCCAUAGUUUACAAUGUGACGGACGAUGAUGGCCAAUGUUACAUAGGAUACUGCAAUGCGAGCUGUCAUGUAGUACCCAAACACAUACUGUGUCCUAUAUUGUGUGUUACUGUAACACCUCCAAGACAGAAUGGUGAAGUUUGGCUGGAGAGUGAAUGUGUUAUAGGAACAUGUAACGAUGGCGAGGUGACGUAUAACAAAAAGCCAUGUACACCUCCAAAGCCUAUAGUGUGCGCAAAUAAUUUCCCUCCUGUUGAAGUGCUGGAUGCUGAAGGAUGCUGCCCCCAGCUGGAAUGCCAAUGUACCUGCUACGGUUGGGGAGACCCCCAUUAUGUCACCUUCGAUGGAACCUACUAUGAUUUUCAAGGCAACUGUUCCUACUGGCUGAUGAAAGAGAUCUCGCCCAAAUACAACUUCAGUGUUAUGAUUGAUAACUACUACUGUGGUGAUGGCUUAUCCUGUCCUCAGUCCAUCACCGUCUUCUAUCAAAGCUACAAGAUCUAUAUUAUACAGAAGGAUAUCAAUGGCAAUUUCACAAAUGAGAUUUCUGUGAAUGACAAGCGUGUAAGUCCUGCGUACCAGAAUGAUGACUUCCGUAUAAUCACCACCGGCAUUGAAACAGUGCUUGUCAUCCCUAAAAUCCAUGCCAAGGUCACCUUCUCUGGGCUCAUUUUCGGUAUCUAUCUGCCCUAUAGUGAAUUUGCCGGCAACACCGUGGGACAGUGUGGCACAUGUGACAACAACCGGACAGAUGACUGCAUGUUGCCUAGUGGCAAAAUAGAUCCUUCAUGUCCUGACAUGGCACAUGAGUGGCAUGCUAAUGACACUGACUGUGACCGAGUUUACCCGACACCAUCACCUCCGCCUGAUGACUGCAAUACAACCAUCUGUGACAUCAUCAAAAGCAGUGUGUUUGAGAGUUGCCACAAGAAGAUUGACUACGAUCCAUUUGUUUUGGCCUGUGAGUUUGACGUUUGCCACAUGAACAUUAAUCACAUUGGCUGCACCAGCUUACAAACCUAUGCUGAUGCCUGUGCUCAGGCUGGAGUUUGUAUUGACUGGAGGAAUGCCACCAAUGGAAUCUGUGAAUAUAAAUGCCCGAGUCCCAAAGUGUAUCGGGCCUGUGGCCCUCAGGUGGAGUCUACCUGUGAAUCCUGGUACAACGAGAAAUUCAUCUUGACUGACAAUGAGUUUAGUGCCAUGACAAGCAUGGAGCUGGAGGGUUGCUUCUGUCCAAAUGGAACCUUCCUCCUCUCUGCAAGCUCUAAUCAAUGUGUGCCCACCUGUGAAAUUUGUCGGCUGCCAAAUGGAGAAUGGACACACGCCAAUGCAACAUGGAUAGAAGGCUGUAAGGAGUGUAUCUGUGAGGAGGACACACUGCAGGUCACAUGCCGUCAUGUCUCCUGUCCAACACUGCCGUCCCUCAGCUGUGACCAAGACGGGCAGGUCAAGGUCACGGACACGGUUGGCUGCUGUCAAGAGGAGAAGUGUGAGUGCAAUGUGACGCUGUGCCCUCCUGUGCUGACCUGUCCUGUUGGCUAUACUCAGAGAAUCACUAUGGGAGUCUGCUGUUCCAAUGUUACCUGCGAGAUUCAAAAUGUGUGUGUUUUCCAAAACAAUGUGUAUCAGGUUGGAGACCUGGUGCCCAUGAAGCCAUGUGAGAAGUGCAGCUGUAGUGAAAGGAAAGACGCCAGCAGCGGUUUUAACAUAAUAGAAUGCGAGCCGAUACCAUGUGACACACACUGCCCUCUGGGUUAUGAGUAUCAGACCAUCGCUGGCCAGUGCUGUGGGAAGUGUUUCCAAACAAGCUGUGUUGUCGUGCUGCCAAACUCCAACUUCACACACACAAUACAGCCUGGCACCAUCUGGACUCCUGCUGACAACCCCUGUGUGAAGUAUGAGUGUGUGAAGAUCGCUAAUCAGUUCAUCACCAUAGAGGCCAAGAUCAGCUGUCCUCCCUACGACCCUAAAGAAUGCAUACCGGGAACAGAGACCAUAGCUCCGGACGGAUGCUGCCUUGUCUGUAUUCCAAAGGGUCGGGUGUGCAACGUGUCCACCACUACUGUGUACCUGGAGAGCCAGGGCUGCCACUCCAAAGAACGGGUCAAUGUGACAGCCUGUAGUGGAGCAUGUGGCACCUUCACCUUCUACUCUACCAAACUGAGAUCCUUGCAGCACUCCUGCUCCUGCUGCCAGGAGUUGGCUACAACCGAGCGGACGAUCGAGCUCUCCUGCCCUGACAACACAAAGUUGAGCUACACCUACAUCCACAUCGACUCCUGUGGGUGCCUCAAGACAGACUGCUCUGUGCCCGGCCACAGCGGAAUGGCGAAUACUACCUUCAGCGGCAAGUCACGUCGACGCAGGAGAUGAGGCAAAAACCAUGUGCUUUGGCCAGUUAUGUAAUGAGCAUGAAUUAAUAGGACCAUAACUGAACUGUCAUGUUUGAAUCAAUAUCAACAUCAUCUGCAUACAUAAUUCCUGUAUUUAUGUCUAGUGUAUUAGCAUACUUAGUUUUAGCUUGAUAGAAUUAUAAACCCACAAAGAUCUCAUUAAUAAAGAUCAUACUGAGCA